CUAAACGGGCCGGUGGUCGGGCCGUGCUCGCCGACAGGGUUUUCGAGUGCCGGGCCCGUUUGGGGGGGGGGGGGGGGGGGGGGGGAAGGGGGACAAGCCUGGGCAGAAAGGGCUUUGGCGCUGUUCACUGAGCUCUGCUCCGACAUCGGUGGGCUACCUGCAAGGGUACAAUGGCGCCCAAGAAAGGGAGGGGAGAUCAGCCAUUUGUUCCGGUCAGUAAAGACAAGAAGAGGGAGGCGGAGCUGAAGUUUUGCGGCUUUAAGUGGGUUACGAAGGGGCAGACGAUGCCGAAUUCGAAUGGCAAUUUCCUCAUGGAGUGCAAGCUGUGUGGUGAGGGUUUUCAAGGGAGCCAGACGAAAGCCGCACAACACUUCACGAUCAAGAACAAUUGCGCCAAAAUCUCCGUGGAGCAGAUGGCGGAGAUAUGGAACAAGACAAAGUACAGGUUCGAUCCAAGCCAUGCACGGAAGAUCGUGGACUUUCUGAAGUCUCGUGGGUUGCGAGACAACAGAUGUGGAUCGGGGAUGGAGCCGGCGGGGAAUGAGGAGUUUGAGGACAACGAGGAGGAGAGGAGGGCGGUCGAGGGUGGAGAUGAUGAUGGUGAGAGUGAUGCAGAGGACAUGGAGGUGCAGCGAGAGGUGGAGCGCGCCAGGGGAAAGUUGAGGAAGGAGAAGGCCGUUGACGAGGACAGCACCCCAGACGAGGACGCCGACGACGACGAUGACGAUGAGGGAACAGACCUUGGGGCCUCUCUGGAUGGGGGGUUGAUGGGCGAUGGCCGUCGUGGCCAGGAGGGGGCAGCUAGGGCGAUGAAGGAGGCUGCGGGAUCGAAGAAGAGAAAGAGGAAGGCGAAGAUGACUACCACUGAGGCGAGAUCAGCACCUUCUCAGCCCAAAAAGAGCAGAGUUCUUCGACAGACGUCCAUGCUGGAGACCUUCGAUCCAGUGUGGCAACGAGAAUUCUCGGACUCCGUCCUGCAGUGGUGGUACGGGAGCGGCAUCCCAUUCAAGGCGGCGAGGAGGCCAGAGUAUCAUAGGAUGAAGAAGAAGUUGCUCGAGUGUCCGCCGGACAUUGAGGCGACGGGAGCGACCAUCCUUACGGAUGGUCGCAAGUCCAUCACAAGCGACCAGAUAGUCAACUUCCUUGCUGCUGGUCCCACGGGCGCGUACCUUUUCAGGACUGUGCAGCGGGAUGGUGCUGUUCAGGAGACAGCAGAGGCCGUAGUGGAGCGAUGGAAGGACGUGUUCGACAAGUUUGGUGUCGACAAGGUGAACGCCAUUUGUACUGAUUCCGCGUCUGCGUAUGUUGCUGCGUCCAAGCUCCUCGCCCAGGAGGAAGUCAAGUACAGCCGCAUCACUUGGCUUCCGUGUGCGGUCCAUGUCUGCAACUUGUUGUUGUCAGACAUCGCGAAGGAUGGGCGCGACGGGAGCCUCGGGAAGAGGGAGGACACCAUCAUCAGGGCUCGAGCAGUCGUGCGUUUCAUCAGAGAGCACGGGGCGACUCUGAGCCUUUAUCGACGUUUCUCUGCCGCCCACCCCUCUUCCGCCUCCGCGGCGGUUGGUGGUUCGAGCUCUGCUGAGUCUGCUCCACCCUCGUCUCAGCGGCGAGGCAGGGAGCUUGUGUACCCUGUGCAGACGAGGUUUGCCACCCACUACUUGAUGCUGGAGAGGCUGCUGGAUCGUCGCAGAGCGUUGGAGGCGUUGAUGAUGAGCGACGAUUGGCUGCUGACUGCAUGGAGGAGGUCCAUUUUUCUGCAGGCCAGAUGGGUGCGUCAUCAGGUGCGGUACGCGCCAUUCUGGGAGCACGUGGAGGACAUUGUGGCGCUCAUGACGCCUGUGAUGCAGUUGCUACGGCGUCUGGACAGGGGGGGUCGCGUAAUGACUCGAAUGUGGUCGUGGGGUUUUGUCAUGGUCAACAGGGUGGCGAGAGCAAGCCUUAACAGGACGUCGAAGGACGAGCUCCACAUCGUUCUUCAGGCUUGUCAGGCGCGGGUCGCUCAUAUGUUGGAGCCCGCACAUUGCAUGGCCCACCUUCUCAAUCCGCGGCAGAGGAGGCUGAGGAGCAUUACUUUUUUUGGAGCGGCGAGGCGUACCGACCACGAGCGGAUACUAGCAGAAGAGUCGUUGCGAUACCUUCUCCAGCAGACUGGUGGUGACGAGGAUUUGUAUCAGACGUUGCGCACGCAGCUGGCGGAGUUUCACUCUCGGGUGGGCGAUUGGACGUAUGGAGGGGCCGAGGGAGACAGGGAUGCGGCCGCCUGCAAAGGGGAGAAGGAGACGUCACAGGUGGGGCAGUGGUGGGUUCAACACGGGGACGGGGUCCCUCUCCUUCAGAGCAUCGCCAUUCGCUUGUCGCACACAUGGACGUGCGCCUCUCCGGCGGAGAGGAAUUGGGCCGUCCAUGAGCGUGUUCAGGUGAAGAGGCGUAAUCAACUUGGUUUCAUCAAGAUGACUCGUUUGGUGGAGAUAUCCACCAACUUGAGAUUGAGUCGUUGUCAGGGGAGGGGUCCAUGGGAGGACGCUGAGGAGGAGACAGAGGACGCUAUUCCUCCGCCUCGUGAUGAGGGUGUUCGGCCGGCCGACCGAGUCACCGAGGCACAGCGCGACCGGCAGGUCCAGCGCGGGCGGAAGGGUCGCCUUUCAAAGGCACCUCCCAGCGUCGCGACGUAUUUCGGUCGUCGCGCCACGGUGCUCAUGGCGCAUGAGUUGGAGUCGGUGUACGAUCCCGAGCCUGAUUCCAUGGCUCAGGAUGCGAUGGAGGUCGAGCUGUGGUCCGAUCCUGACGACCUGGUCGUGGAGUUAGAGCUAGGAGGUUCUGAUGACGAUGACGACGACACUCCUCUCAUGCAGAUUCUGCGUCCUCACACACGUGCGUCCACGGCGGCCGCUGCACCGUCUCCCGCAGCACGCCCUCCUUCGAGUGCUCCCGACGUCUCACAGCCAGGCCCGGCGGACCGUGUCGAGAGCAGUACGCCACACCCUUCGACCGAUCGUCGCGGACAGGGAGGGACUCGCGAGCGUCUUGACGAGGGAGACGACGGCGAUGGCGACGAUAGGGAGUGGUAUGAGGGCAGCAGUGAGGAUGAGGAUGAUCCCUGUUAUUCCCCGACACGCGGACAUGGUGACGACGACGACGGCGAGGGCGGCGACGGUGGACGGGCUGUGGGUGGUUUGCGGAAGUCCGAGAGACAGCGUGGCGACCGAUGCAAUGGUGCAGGCAGGGGAGGCAGCGGGCCGGGUGUUGGGGGUGCAGGGCGGACGGGUGGUGCAGGGCGUGCUGGCACAGGAAAAGUAAGGCGAGAGUCUGCAUCGUCCACUCGCACUGUGCAUUGGGUUGAUGAGGAGAGGCCCGUUGAGGCAGCUGUGGUUGCUCCCUCCCCUAUGGAGGUUACUCCCUCCCCUGCAGAGUUCGCUGCGGCGUCUGCAGAGGGCGCAGCGGCGUCUGCGGAGGGUCCAGGCGGGUUUGCGGGUGGUAGUGGCGAUGCUGGAGAGGUUGGGAGGCCAUCUGCACAGGUGGGUGUCAGUUUCAACGACAACAUUUUUAAUGUUUCGUUAGGGCAUCCUCCGACACCAGCAGGGGAGCGUGUCGGUGUCGAUGUGGAAGCAGCGGCCACGCCCGUCAGUCAGAUACUUCGUGACAUACCUUCAUGCAGCACGGGCGACAUCAGUAGUAGCAUGUUGCAGGAGGCAGCAGAGGGGGCACCGGGUCGGUCGGGGCAGCACGAGCGUGCARCUGGGGAUGAUGGGGAGUGUCGACCUGUGCAGGAGCGGGCGACAGAGUCAGAGCAGGACAGGAUCGACCGCGAGGAGAGGAGGAGGGCGCAGGGGUUGGCUAGCCGAUGCGAGAUGACGCAGAGUGUUGCAUUGAGGGCACGUGUAGCGCGGAUGCUCGAGACGGGCGUUGAGGCAGGUGAUGCAGAGGGCGAGUGCGGCGCUGCUGGCAUAGGGGAUGAGGGCGAGAGACCUGCGUCACCAGUUCAGGGUGUUUGCAUAUUGCCUCUCGGUGGGGCCAUGUCGGCGGAGGAGUUGGUGCGGCAGGCAUGGGAGGACCCGUUGCAGGCAGAUCGCCGGGGGCGGAUGACCGAGGCGUCGAGGAGACUGAUGGCAGAGGCCCCGGCUUAUGUGCCUUGCAGCCCGUCAGUGCCAUCGUCCACCACAGGUGUCAGCACACCCGCAUAUGUGGAGGGCACAGUCGCGGCAGAGGCGGUACGGGGCCCCUCGCCGACACCCGCCGGGGAGUCUCCUUCGCCUCAGUCACGGAAGAAGAAGAUGAGAGCAGGGAAAAGUCUAAGUACCGUGAGGAGAGUGAUGCAGACGAUGUGGGCGAGUCAGCCUGGGUUGGCCGGUUUACAUCCGCGGACACGGGCGAUUUUGAGCGGGGACGUUGUCGCAGACGCAACAGGAUGGCAGGAGAGGGUCUCCGACCGAGCGACGGAUCAGCCCAUGAGCGCACCUGCUGAGGCGACAUUGCCACAUAGUGCAGGGCGUACAGCGGGCACCGGCGACCACGCCGAGCACAAUGCGCCCCCCGAGAGGAGCAUGGCUGCACGUAUAUUGCGGGAGGAUGUGAGGGCAGCGACAGCGCAGCGACCGUCACAGGCGCCAGUCGUUUGGGGGUCUGGCACAGACGAUUUGGAGAUGCCUUAUAGCCAGCGGAGGAGGGUUUCCGUGUACGAUCUUCUUCGACCACAGGGAGGGGUUGAGGCGGCGCCACAGGGGGAGAUUCAUGCUCCGGAUACUACGCACGCGCCGGCAGGCGGUACAGGCCGUGGGGAUGGUGUGACAGGUGUGGUGCCGCAGAGGAGGAGGAAGGACAUUGUGGACGACGAUGAUGCAUAGUUCCACCAUUAGUCUUCUUUCAUCCUCUGAUUUGUAGUAGUGUACAGUAUAUUUAGUGCUUGAGACGAGGCCUUGUGUUA